GGGCAUCAACCAGUUGGUCAAAGAAAAAGGCUCUUCAAGUGGGUGAGAGAGCGCGCUGUAAAUCGCUUCGAACAUCCUUAAAAAGGAAUGUCGCUGUGAGGCUGCGGGAAGCCAGGGGAUGCACAGUCCCAAAAGGGAAAGCGCGCUGUGAUUAGUAUGAUAGAGUCGCCGAGAGUAGCUAUCAGGGGAAGUUCCCACUGGUCAAUGGGCUAGCUUGGUGUAUAAGUUGUGACACAUGUAACGAUGAUCUGUGUAUAAAUAGCCAUCGACUCGUCCCACAAAUUUUCAGCGUUGGAGUUGAGGAAUCACCCAGCUAGACAGAUAGACAAACGCACAAGAUGACAUUCGAAGAUACAUGGAAACCAAAGAUCGACGCUUACAGAGCCAAGCUUGACGAGGAAGUUGGGCCAUAUAAGGCAUUGGUGGAAGGAAUUGACUAUUCGAGUGAGAAUUUCAAUGCCGUUGAAGCGCUGGAUACUCUGUUGACCGAGAAGGAUAGAGAGAUCACCAACUCCACUGCAAAGCAGCUGGUGGCCAAACAGAGGGAUGGCACAUUGACCGCCGUGGAGAUAUACAACGCGUUUGCCAAACGUGGUGCCAUUGCUCACAUCUUCACGAACUGUGCCAUGGAGUUGUUCUUCCAGGAAGGGUUGGAAAGAGCUAAGGAGCUGGACAAGUACAGAGAAGACCACAACGGUGAGUUGGUGGGCCCGUUCCACGGAUUGCCAAUCUCGUUGAAGGAGUUGAUGAAGUAUGGUGGUAAAGUCACCACAGCCGGCUUCGUCUGUUACCUGGACAAUUACAUCAGUAACUCGCCAAGGGAAGAAUCCGUUUCUAUUCAAAUCUUGAGGAAGCUAGGUGCUGUUUUCUACAUGAGAACUGCCCAACCACAAUCCGUUAUGCAUUUGGACACUGAUAAUGCCAUCACCGGCAGAACUUCAAAUCCCUUCAACAGAAAGAUUAGUCCUGGUGGCUCCAGUGGUGGUGAGUCGGCUGCGGUGGCAAUGGGCUCCUCAGUGUUUGGUAUUGGGUCAGACAUUGGUGGCUCUAUAAGAGUUCCUGCCGCAUUUUGUGGGCUGUAUGGUAUCAGACCAACGACGAAGAGAGUCUCAGGACUCGGUUCCUUAUCUGGUGGUGCUGGACAAGAAUCCAUCUUCUCAUCACAAGGCCCAUUGACGAGAACCAUUGAUGAUUUGGAGUACUACAUGGUUAAUUACAUCAACAUGGGAAAACCAUGGGAGUAUGACCCAAAUACCAUUCCACUUGAAUGGAAAACGGGUGUCUCAUUACCUGAAACAGUGACAUAUGGAAUUUUGUUGACCGAUACGCUUGUUGAGCCUUCAGAUGCGAUCAAAAGAGGAUUGGCAUACGUCCAGGACAAGUUGAGAGACUAUAAGGGCAAAAAGGUCGACGUCAAGGUAAUCACCAUUGAUCACGACCUGAUGAAGGAGGCGUUUAAACAGACUUUACAGAUCUAUGGCACUUCCAAGCCUGUUCACGAUAAGCUCUUUGCAAUUUCCAAUGAACCCUUGCUCCCGUUGACCAAGUUCUUCCUCGGCUUCGCUAACCCAGAGGAGAACGACAUCUUGACCAACAACAACAUCAAGGAACAGUUCAAGUACUACAUGUACUACUUGUUCAAAGACCAGGGGAUCGAUUUCCUCAUUUCACCAACGAACCCAAACGUCGGUGAAGUCCCAAAGAACUUGACCCACUGGAAUUAUUCCUCCAUGUUCAACCUCAUAGACUUCCCAAACAUCAUCUUUAGAACUGGCCUCACAUUCGAUCCUAAGGUGGACGUGAAGGGCCCUACCAACGUUACUGAUUACAACGCCAACGACUACGUCAACGCACCAAUUAACUUGCAACUAACUGCUCUGCGUUUCGAAGAUGAGAAGCUGGUCGAAGGUGUAAAGCUACUGGAUAAGGCAUUGGAACUAGCUUAAUAGUCUACUUCAACUUACUCGAACACAGCAUCCCAUCGUAC